CACAUCCUUUCUCUCACCUAAUCAUCCGUUCCCUUGUGGUAGUCUGGUAGAGCACAAUAUUGUCAUGUGCUCACCCUCCUUUCCCAGUUCCUUAUCUGGACAUGCUUCACCACGCAACUCCGCAUUCCAAGCUCGAAACUUGCCUGAUAAUAUAGCCAUAUAGGCCCCUCCAAAAGAAUCGCAAGGCAACAGAGUGCUUGCUUUGCCUUGCCUGAUACACACAGUCCCCCUCAACAGCUGACCGCUGAGCACUGCUUGAGAUCUUCAGCCGCAGUUUUACAGUCAGGAAGGAAUCAGGCAUGGCAGCAAGGAGGGCUGCUUCCUCCAUCCUCUCUCGCUGUCUCAUCGCAAGGUCUUCUCCUGCUUCUGCUUCUUCCCCUGCCGGCAAAUCCGCUCUCCUCGGAGCAGGGGCUCUUCUUCACAGGUUCAGCACUGCACCGGCAGCCGCCGCCAGCCCCACCACCGAGGAACCAAUCCAGCCCGCGGUGGAGAUCAAGCACACCCAGCUCCUCAUCAAUGGCAACUUCGUCGACGCCGCUUCUGGGAAGACGUUCCCGACGCUGGACCCCCGCACCGGCGAGGUCAUCGCGCGCGUCGCCGAGGGCGACAGCGAGGACAUCGACCGCGCCGUCGCCGCCGCCCGCAAGGCCUUCGACGAGGGCCCCUGGCCGCGGAUGACCGCCUACGAGCGGUGCCGGGUGCUGCUGCGCUUCGCGGACCUGAUCGAGCGGCACGCCGACGAGAUCGCGGCGCUGGAGACGUGGGACAACGGGAAGACGCUGGCGCAGUCGGCGGGCGCCGAGGUGCCGAUGCUGGCGCGGUGCAUGCGCUACUACGCGGGGUGGGCGGACAAGAUCCACGGCCUGGUGGUGCCGGCCGACGGCGCGCACCACGUGCAGGUGCUGCACGAGCCCGUCGGCGUCGCCGGCCAGAUCAUCCCUUGGAACUUCCCGUUGCUCAUGUUCGCCUGGAAGGUCGGCCCGGCGCUCGCCUGCGGCAACGCCGUCGUCCUCAAGACCGCCGAGCAGACGCCGCUCUCCGCCCUCUACGUCGCCAGCCUCCUACACGAGGCUGGACUCCCCGACGGUGUCCUGAACGUGGUCUCCGGCUUCGGCCCGACCGCCGGCGCCGCGCUGUGUAGCCACAUGGGUGUUGACAAGCUUGCGUUCACCGGGUCGACGGGCACGGGGCAGAUCGUCCUCGAACUGGCGGCGAGGAGCAACCUGAAGCCGGUGACCCUGGAGCUCGGUGGCAAGUCCCCUUUCAUCGUCAUGGACGACGCCGACGUCGACCAGGCCGUCGAGCUCGCGCACCACGCCGUCUUCUUCAACCAGGGCCAAUGCUGCUGCGCGGGGUCGCGGACGUUCGUGCACGAGCGCGUGUACGACGAGUUCGUGGAGAAGUCCAAGGCCCGCGCCCAGAAGCGCGUCGUCGGCGACCCCUUCAGGAAUGGCGUCGAGCAGGGGCCUCAGAUCGACGAGGAGCAAUUCAAGAAAAUCCUGCGGUACGUCCAGUCCGGCGUCGACAGCGGCGCCACCCUCGUCGCCGGCGGCGACAGGGCGGGCAGCCGGGGCUUCUACAUCCAGCCGACCGUGUUCGCCGACGCCAAGGACGAAAUGAAGAUCGCUCGGGAGGAGAUAUUCGGGCCGGUCCAGACCAUCCUCAAGUUCAGCGGCGUGGAGGAGGUGAUUCGGCGCGCGAACGCGACGCAGUACGGGCUGGCGGCGGGGGUGUUCACGAGGAGCCUGGACGCGGCGAACACGCUGUCCCGGGCGCUGCGGGCGGGCACCGUGUGGGUGAACUGCUACGACGUGUUCGACGCGGGCAUCCCGUUCGGCGGCUACAAGAUGAGCGGCGUCGGCAGGGAGAAGGGCGUCUACGCCCUCCGGAACUACCUCCAGACCAAGGCCGUCGUCACGCCCAUCAGGAACGCCGCCUGGCUGUAAAUCUCGGCGCAGCGUCGGCGGUCUGGUUGAUGUACUAUCUCUGAAAGAUUAACGUGGACGACGGGCCUGUAGUCUGAAAUCACCGCAUUGCCUGCGCUCUUCGUUUACCAAGGCCGAUUUCCUUCGAGGCUUCAAGCCCAGAAGGCCUUGUGGGAGUGAUGAGAGGAGUGUGGCAGUGAAACUUUUACUCUUUAUACAAUGGCCCAUCCAAUGCAAAUCUAUCCAAACGAGCUCACAUUUUCUUC